UUGCCAUUUGUGCAAAUACUCGGCCGUAGUAUAGUACUACAGCGGAUCAUAAGAUCUAUCUAUUUCCAGAGCUUCUGUUCUUCCUUCGAUCAGAUUUCAUGCCUGAGCAGUCCUACAUGCCGACUUCCGGUAUCGUGUUCGUAGACCUUUAUUCGGAUCGCCAAGACAGUUUCAAAGGCCCGAGGAAGCAAUGGACGAUCUCACUGAAUGCUACCGGCCUCUGGUGCUGUAUCGAUAUAUUUGAAGUGGGGGAUAACAGCAACUAAGGUGCAGGAUGUUCCAUUCCGUACCUCAUCGUUGUCCGAAGCCCCUGCACGAGACUAUGGGGGCAGUAUGGUUUGUAUGUGGCGACUGUCCCAAACGGAGAAACUUGUCGUGACAAAUGCUGUGUCGAAGAUGCUUGAGAGUGACCUCGGAAUACUACAUGUCCAAGACUUAUAGGAACAAGAUAAUUGUGCACGGCGAUUACUGGAGAUAAGCGGGGAUUGGAAUUUUUGACGACAAACCGCCAGAACUACGUAACGAGACUCGGCUUAUUGUUAUUUAUGAUUAAAUUGUUGCAACUUGAGUUCGUGGGGACUGUCAUUUGGCUAGAGAUUCUCCGAACCACUAUCACCGCUUCUAUAUCAGUCAAAGUCCCUUUCGACUCGGAAACGCGAACAUGACAUCUCCACAGCGUCAAACCGCGCUCGCUUUUCUGGAUACCUUUCGAGACCUCGAUGUUGACGCAAACUUGGCGCUUCGUGCCCCGGAUUGUGUCCAUCAAAUGGGCCCGGCUUCAUUGGGGUAUUCGCCUGAUGGCAUGAACAAUGACCAGUUUGGCGCGCAUUGUCGAGGCUUGAAACCCCUUAUCAGCCACUUCCCCGUGGCCCCCAAACAAAUCUUCCACUCCCCGGGCAGCAACAUCGUCACCAUCUGGGCAACGAGCGAAGCCCAAUUUCAACAAGAGGCCAUUGACGACGAGCUGGAGUGGGAAUACCAUGGGGAGUACCUCUUUGUAUUCACGUUGAAUCAGACUGGCGACCGUAUUCAACACAUUGUGGAAUAUCUCGACAGCCAGAAGGUCGUCCAAGUCAGCAAUCUACUGAAGAGGGCCAAAGAAAAUGUGCAAAAGGCGAAAGGGGUGUAAUGGAGAGUCACGACUAGAUGCUGGACAAUGCAAACAAUACCACGAGUAACUUCAUCUACAUGGACAUCAACACGACACACGUCUUACUUCUGUGGAAGACCCCGCCGAUAGAUGCUUCGUUUCCGUCGUUCAAGAACGUCUUCGCUCCUUUUGGUUGAAUUUGGAUACUGAGGAGAACAAUGCACUCAUGGGGUUGUGGUGAAGGCAGGGUGACCACGCGGCAAUGAUGAUUCAUAGUCGUCAUGCCCAGGACAAGAUGGAUGACGAGAUACGCUGUUCAGUCAGAUACAUUUGCCAGGCUAGCAACUCGUCGUCCCGUGUUUUGAGCUUGCUGAGAAUGUGUAUAAGGUGGUGUAAGGCGCGGAAUCAUUCAAAUCUAUUCAUUACAAGUAUCGCUGUCCGACAUGCCCAGACUAGGAAUCCGGGAUCAUGAUACAAGGAGGGAUCCCACCUUCGUAAAUGACAUGCCCGUUUGUGUCACAAUGUCUUCUGGUCUCCGCCGGACACAUAGCUGGACAAACCCAUGUCCGAAUGAAGUCAAAGUGACGUCAAAUUAUCAUGAUUUGUUUCCCGAGUAUUUGGCCUUG